AUGCGGAUGAUCCGACCAGCACAAAUGCAGCACAACAAAUACAACAUCCCAGCACCGCCCGCCAGCACGACAGCCAGGCCGGGGGGAAGGAAGACGACGACGGCCAGGGCCACGAGCCCGAUGCGCCGCGCCGCCGCAAUGUGCUGUUCCCGUCGCUCCAUUGCCGCCGCAGCGGCCACAUGCAUGAUGUCUUCCGCCUCGCAGCAGUCGAGACAGCUCCGCCUCGUGUCGCAGUGA